AUGACUCGCUGGUCUCAUCUGGCUCUUGUGCCUCUGCUGCCUCAGCUGCUGGCCGCAACCCCUGUCACAGAUGAAGAAUCCAAACCCGUACAGCUGCACUCACGCGACGAUGGCGAUUAUGCGUCACCGCCGUACUAUCCAACCCCGCAUGGCGGGUGGGUGUCUGACUGGGCAGAUGCCUAUGAGAAAGCAUACCAGGUUGUCAGCAAUAUGACAUUAGCAGAGAAGGUCAACCUUACCACUGGAACAGGGUUCUUUAUGGGGCCUUGCGUCGGACAGACGGGAAGUGCACCGCGAUUCGGCAUCCCGAAUCUGUGCUUACAGGAUUCUCCCUUAGGAAUCCGGGAGACAGACCACAUCACAGCAUUUCCGCCUGGCCUCACAGUCGGUGCGACUUUCAAUAAAGAACUAAUGUAUAAUCGGGGUGUUGGGAUUGGUGAGGAAGCCCGAGGCAAGGGCGUCAACGUUCAAUUGGGUCCAGUCGUUGGACCCCUCGGCCGCAAGCCUCGAGGAGGUCGUAAUUGGGAAGGCUUUGGCGCAGACCCAGCUCUUCAAGCCAUUGGGGGUGCUCAAACUAUUAAGGGCAUGCAGAGCACCGGUGCUAUCGCGUCAUUGAAGCACUUUAUUGGAUACGAGCAAGAGAUGUACCGGAUGAGCAGCAUUAUUACAAAGGGCUAUUCGUCCAAUAUUGAUGAUCGAACUCUACAUGAACUUUACCUUUGGCCUUUUGCGGAGGGGGUUCGUGCUGGCGUGGGCUCAAUAAUGACCGCCUAUAAUGAUGUCAAUAGCUCGGCUUGCAGCCAGAACAGCAAGCUUUUGAAUGGUAUCCUGAAGGAUGAACUUGGUUUCCAAGGCUUUGUCAUGACUGAUUGGCUGGGUCACUAUAGUGGCGUGGGAUCCGCGCUUGCUGGACUUGACAUGGCUAUGCCAGGCGACGGUUCUGUGCCUUUGUUUGGAGACAGUUAUUGGGCUUAUGACUUAUCACGGUCUAUUCUCAAUGGCAGUGUCCCGCUUGACCGCCUCAACGACAUGGUCACUCGAAUUGUCGCUACGUGGUAUAAAUUUGGCCAGGAUGAAGAUUACCCUUUGCCUAAUUUCUCGUCUAACACGGAUGCCGAAACUGGCGAGCUUUAUCCUGGUGCUCUCUUCUCUCCCACUGGUGUUGUCAACCAAUACGUAAAUGUGCAAGGAGACCACAACAUCACCGCUAGAGCUGUUGCGCGUGAGGCCAUCACCCUUCUAAAGAACGAGGACAGUAUACUCCCUUUAAGCCACAAUGAUUCACUUAAGGUGUUUGGCACCGAUGCCGGCGCAAACUCAGGUGGACUAAACUCAUGCACCGAUCAAGGUUGCGACAAGGGCGUUUUGACCAUGGGAUGGGGUAGUGGCUCAGCAAGCCUGCCAUAUCUCAUCACGCCCCAAGAGGCCAUCGCAAAUGUUUCCCAGAACUGCACAUUCUAUAUCACAGACUCUUUCCCGUCUAGUGUCACCGCUAGUGCCGACGACAUUGCGAUAGUCUUCAUUAAUGCCGACUCUGGGGAAAAUUCUAUCACCGUUGACGGCAACCCGGGCGACCGACUUGUGGCUGGUUUAAAUGCUUGGCACAACGGUGAUGACCUGGUCAAAGCAGCGGCGGAGAAGUUCUCCAAUGUUGUCGUAGUCAUUCACACGGUCGGCCAAAUCGUGAUGGAGGAGUGGAUUGAGCUGGACUCCGUCAAAGCAGUUCUCGUGGCCCAUCUCCCGGGUCAGGAAGCCGGUGACUCGCUAGUGGACAUCCUUUUCGGCGAUUACAGUCCAAGCGGUCAUAUGCCUUACACAAUCCCCAAAAGCGAGUCUGACUAUCCAGAUAGCGUGAGUAUCAUCGACCAACCAUUCGGUCAAAUCCAGGAUACCUUCACUGAAGGCCUUUAUAUCGAUUACCGCCAUUUUCUCCAAGCCAACAUCACUCCAAGGUACCCUUUCGGCCAUGGACUGUCAUACACCACGUUCAACUUCUCGAGCCCUUCGCUGUCAGUAGUAACGGCAAUCGACAGCACUUAUCCACCUGCGAGACCUUCUCAAGGAGCUACGCCAAAAUAUAAUAACUCUAUUCCCAAUGCCUCUGAAGUCGCAUGGUCAUCAACGAGCUUUACUCGCAUUUGGCGUUACCUCUACCCCUACCUCACUGAUCCCCAGUCGAUCACUGCUUCGGAUACCUACCCCUACCCAGAUGGCUACAAUACUACACAGAAGCCCGGGGCGCGUGCUGGUGGAGGCCAGGGUGGUAAUCCGGCCCUAUAUGAUGUCGCAUUCUCGGUCGAUGUCACUGUCACGAACACGGGAAGUCGGCAAGGCAAAGCUGUUGCGCAGCUAUAUGUUGAGCUUCCUUCGAGCUUGGGCCUUGAUACCCCCUCUCGUCAGCUCCGUCAGUUCGAGAAGACCGAGGAACUGGCGGCUGGUCAAAGUCAGACUGUGACGCUCGAGAUUACCCGCAAGGAUCUUAGUGUCUGGGACGUGGUCGUGCAGGACUGGAUGGCUCCUGUCGACGGCGAGGGAGUCAAUAUUUGGAUUGGCCAAAGUGUUGCUGAUCUUCCCGUGUUAUGUUCAGUUGGUGCAGGAUGUUCUGUUUCUUGA